ACGCAACCUGUAAGUACACAGGCGGUAAAAGACGGACACCAAACUGCACAUGGCGGAGCUUAAACCUGCAGCUGAUGGGACACAACACGUACAGGAGGCGGACAGCGCUCAGACUGCAGACGGUAGCAAGACUUCUACAUGUACAAAGGCCUUUGAAGCUGCAGGCAUCCGCGAGCAAGCAGACUGUGUUGCUUUGUCUAUAGAAGGAGAUCGGCUAGUGUCUCAGAAACGGUACGAGGAAGGAAUACCUUAUCUAGAGGGAGCACUCAUGCUUGGUUCUGAUGAUAUUCAACUGAAAGGAGUCAUUUGGAGCCUUCUGGGCACAUCACACUUCCAGUUGGGAAACUACGAAUCAGCUGCUCAAUGCCACAUGCACGAUAUGGCCAUCUGUAAAGAGUCUGCUGACGAGGAAGGCGAGUUGAAAGCAUGUUGCAACUUCGGGGUUGCCAUGCAAAUGCAGGGUAGGUUGAAGAUGGCUGGACGAAGCUUUCUCAAAUAUAUGGAAGGAUGUAGCACAAGAAAUAACCAGAUAGGUGUUGCCAAAGCUUGCAACAAUCUUGGAUUGCUGUGGAAGACACAGGCAAAAAAUGUACUACGAAAGGCAUCCGAGUCUGACAGUGAUGGUACAGAAGAUGUGCAAGCCGAAGCAAGGAAGCACAUUCAAAGGGCUGUUGAUUACUUUCAGAAAUAUCUUGAGUUGGUCAAAGCAUCAGGAAACAAGGUAAAUGAAGGAAGAGCUUAUGGCCAUCUGGGAAUAUGCUAUGAGUUAAUACGAGAUUAUGCCGAAGCUCUGAGAUGGCACGAGAAGCGUUUAGAAAUUGCGAAGGAGCUUGACGACCACCAGGCAGAGAGCAGGGCCUACUGCAACAUUGGUAAUUGCAAGAGAGGACAAGGAGACAUGAUAGGAGCAAUUGAAUUCUACCUGAAGGACAUGGAGCUAUGCGUUAGCACAGACAAUUACACUGGACAGACUAUUACUGCACGAAAUCUUGGCAGCACAUAUGAAGUACUAGGGGACAUCGAGAAAUGCCUCGAGUGGCACCAGAAGCAUUUUGCUCUGUGUAAGAAAACAGAUGACGUCGAAGGGCAACUCUUAGCUCUGUCGACCCUGGCGUCUUUGUACGAAGAGCUUGAUGAUAUUGAACUAGCUCUGCAACAUUACCGACAGCAAACUAGUCUACUAAAGGAGUUGAACGAUCACGAAGGCAUGGCUCAGUUACAUGACGCCAUUCGUCGACUGCAGGAGUCACAAGGAAGGCCAGCUAGCCCAAGGAAAGACAUGAGUCCUGUUAUAAGAAAAAAGGAAAGAGUCAAGCAAAGCUCAAUGCUGAAAACGAUGAGGCGUCUAAAGAAGGGAACCAUUCGUCUUCUAUUCCACAAGAAAGACCGACGGUCAGUUGUCACUAAAGCAGAAAGUUCGGAAGGACUUGUUGAAACACCACAAACUAAACGCAAAACAAGCAUUGAGGCCCAAUUUAUGCCCCAUUCAGCUGUUAUGUCUCCUGAAGAUCUAACCAGUAUCAGUGCUGAAGCAAGUAGUCUUUCAUCACAACAACAGGAGUUAGACUGGGACACCUCUGUUCAUAUGGAUGGAUUACUCGAACAAGUUCUGGAAGCUGUAGAUGUAGCUGCUAACGAUGUUUUCUCUAGUGACAGACCGAUGACUACAUUUAUUCUCAGACCACAAAGCAAAUUUGAAUCAACAUCGUUUGAUAACACGGCUACCCCUAUCGAUAUCAACAAAAAAGAAAAGGUACAAGGAAAAAGCAAGCCAAGGAGGAGCAAGAAUGCUCCCAAAAUCUAUUCACAGUUGUUUGGAGGCUCUACACACACAAAAGAAAUAGAACGACAAGUAAAAAGCAUGAAAGGAGACAAAGGAGACGGAUUUGUUCCACCAGAUGUAACAGCAGAGUGGGACAACUGGAUGGCACUAUCUCGAGAGCUGGCAAGAUGCGAUUCUUUGCAUAUUGAUGAGUCCCUCUUUGAAAACUGACUGACCAGAUCAUAACUGCUGUUAUUAGUAGCAUUUUAUCUGCAUUAGUAGUAUCGAGAUUGCUAUGAUAAUUCUGUUUCUUGAAAU